GUCGAGGCAGGAGGCGCGGCGGUCGGAGCGGGAUCGGUGCGGGCGGGAUCCUUCACGGCCGGCCGGGGGCCCCGCGCAGCCGGGGCAGGGUCUUGUUUACCCUGCACACGUGCCACUGGAGCUCGGGGUGACUCCGCCGACCUUCCGAGCUCGUCCGGGCCGCGCUGCCGGUGCCAUGAGUUGGGUGGGGGUGGGCUGCGGGAAAGAGCAAUAGGGGAGCGGCUGCCAGCCGUGUCGAGAAUUGCUGCAGCUCUUCCUGUGGGCCGUGCUGCUGGUUUGUGGAUUGCGAGAAAAAAAUACGUAAUUGCUAGAGAUGAUGCUGUGGUGCUGAACAUCUCUCUGGUGACGAAUGCUCCCGCUGCUCCUAGCUUCCUCAGUCGAUUUAUUGAUACUAAAACCUCUUGUUCUUAGGUUUGCUUUUCUGCAGGGAGGUCCUGCAAGUCUCCUGACAGUGAGAUCAAGGUGCCUUUUUCAGCUCAUCUUUCCAGAUGUUUUCUCUCAUUCUUCGGUUUCUUAUAGUUGAAGAAAAUAUGUUUAUUUUCUUUCUGCAGCUAUGUUACUGAUACUCCUUCAUUUGUUUAAUGGUUAUAAAGAGAGUGGUAGUAAAACUGAAUAUCCUGAAGCUAAAGUAGGUAGUAUUCAAUGAUCUUGUCCUUAACUAAAUCAGUGUGCCGUACACUGUCUGAAGAGAACAAGUAUUUUGCCCUUACAUAUGCACCUUUGUGUCUGUGUGUACAUGUACAUACCUCUGCAUAUGUGUGCAUACAUUUAUACAUAAUCACAUGUCCACAUACAUACAAACAUAUGUAUGUGUGUGUGUAUGUUUCUAUGUUAAAAAAAAAAGUGUGAAUAUACAUGGUUUUGUUUGCAGAUGCCUCAGCAUUGAAAUUAUUAUUCAGAAUGAAGCAUUUAUCUAAAACAGCAGACUAUUAUAUAAGUUAACUCAAUAUAAAUAGUAUUACUGGGAGGAGGGAGUUUCAUUAUAAACAGCUUAUAAGUGCUUUAGGCACUUCAUUUUGUCUCUGUGCAUUUAUUCUCAGGAAACUUGUUUGUGAUCUGCAGCAUGGGGAGUAACUGGUUGGAAUGUACCUCUUUGGGGAUUUCCUGGACCUCAGCAGUGUAAAUCACUUGUCUGAUACAAUUUAAACUGGUUCUAGCAGUUUUACAUCCUGGGAAAAUGUGUGUGAAAUUCACAUUGCCUUUUGUUCUGUGUAGCAGCAAAUGCAAUUUCUGGAGAGGUUCCAAUGCUGAUCACCCAAUUAAUAUUCACAUUUUGACUUAAACAUUUUAGUCAGGCUGGUCAAACUUUGGAUUGGCGAUACAAGUAUGUGGUAUUGCGCUGAUGUUUUGCCAUCACUACUGUUGCUCUCUGAAAGUAAGCAGAAGGGAGCUCUUGGAAAAAUUCAAACAAAGAGGAAGAGGGUGCAAGUAAGGACAGGUAUGCUGGGAGGACUACAGAGAGAUCUUUCGGGCAGUCAGGGAUUACGGGAAGACUAAAGUCCUGAUGGAAUUAAAUCCAGCCAGGGAUGUCAGGGGCAACAAGAAAAGCUUUAAUAGGUAUGUUGGUAAUAAAAGGAAGAUUAGGAGAAAUGUGGGCCCCCUCUGGAAGGAAACAGGAGACCUGGUUACCCAAGACAUGGAGAAGGCUGAGAUUUUUAUUUUUUCAAAUGGCGACAUUAAUUCGCACUUUAUCAGAUCAUAGUGAUGAUGUCAAUUAUUGUGCCUUCUCAUCAUCGUGCUUGGCUACCUGUUCCUUGGACAAAACAAUUCGUGUUUAUUCUUUGAGCGACUUUGCUGAGCUCCCGUACUCGCCUUUGGAAGGUCACACGUACGCCGUGCACUGCUGCUGCUUCUCGCCGUCGGGGCUGGUGCUGGCCUCGUGCUCCACGGACGGCACCUCGGCGCUGUGGGACACCCGCGACGGCCGCAGGCUGGCCGUGCUCCAGCAGCCCGGGGCCAGCCCCGUCAGGGUCUGCCGCUUCUCUCCCGAGGCCGCCUACCUGUUGGCAGGGGCAGCGGAUGGCAGCGUGGUUCUUUGGAACGUGCGGUCCAUGAAACUGUACAGAUCUGGGAAAGUUAAAGGUGGCUCUUUGAUGGCUUGUGCAUUUUCUCCCAGUGGAAACUUCUUUGUCACUGGAUCAUCAAGUGGUGAUUUAACCAUUUGGGAUGAUAAAAUGAGAUGCCUGUAUAAUGAAAAAGCACAUGAUCUUGGCGUUACCUGCUGUGAUAUUUCUUCACAUCCAGUAUCUGAUAGUGAAAAUGGAUUUGAAUACUUCCAGAUGGCUUCUUGUGGACAAGAUAAUCAUAUCAAACUCUGGCUUAUUUUGUUUGCAGAUUUCCUAGGUGUUCAGUUAAAAUAUAAAUGCACACUGAUUGGGCACUCUGCCCCAGUUCUGGCUUGUGCAUUUUCAUGUGACGGACAGAUGAUUGUCUCGGGGUCUGUGGACAAGUGCGUCAUAAUCUAUGAAACUAGUACUGGCAAUACCCUUCAUACUUUGUCUCAGCAUAAAAGACUUUUUUUUAUUUGUAGAUAUGUUACGACUUGUGCUUUUGCACCAUGUAGUCCCUUACUUGCCACAGGCUCAAUGGAUAAAACUGUGCACAUAUGGCAGCUUGACCUUAAGCAACCCUGUGCAGGAGGUACUGUAGAAAAUGAAUCAAAGGUGGCUAUUGAGGACUGGUCAGAGGAUGAUGUUUCAGCCUGGCUCUGUGCACAGGAUUUAGCAGACUUUGUUGGACUUUUCAAAAUGAAUAAUAUUGAUGGCAAGGAACUACUGAAUCUUACUAAGGAAAGUCUUGCUAAUGAAUUAAAAAUUGAGUCUCUAGGUCUGCGCAGUAAAGUUCUCCGGAAAAUUGAAGAACUGAGGAUGACAAUGAUGUCGGUUUCUGUUCCCGAUGAGUUCCUAUGUCCUAUAACAAGAGAGCUUAUGAAAGAUCCUGUCAUUGCCACAGAUGGCUAUUCCUAUGAAAGGGAAGCAAUGGAAAACUGGAUCAGCAAUAGACGCUCUAGUCCCAUGACGAAUCUUCCUCUCCACUCUCUUAUGCUCACACCAAACCGAACACUAAAAAUGGCCAUUAGUCGCUGGCUAGAGACUCAGCAGAAAUAGUUACACCACUUAAUUUUGAAGUUGUUUGUUAAAAUUAAUUGAAAUUUUACGCAGGAAUUAAUUGUAUCAGAAACAAAUGGAAAGGAAAACUUGUGUUCCUCUUCUAUCUGUGGCUGGUUGAACCUUCACUGGUAGAAACUCCCAGAAGAACUUUAAGCUCCUGGUAGUUCUACCUUGUGGUAUUUCUGUUUAAGAAUCAAGUACUCAAACUCAGUUUUUCAAAUGAAAUUUUCUUAUAAUUUUUACUACAUUUAUGAGUUUUGAGUCUUCAUCUUGCCAAAUCAGUCUUUCAGAAGGUAAGAAAUAGCAAAGUACAGGAUCUGUAUUUCUUUUUCUACUCUAACAAACCAAAAUGUCUCUUUCUCUGUUCCCCAUUACUGGACAUGUAGUUGAAAAAGCGGGGAGAGAGUUUCUCCUGUAACCAUCAGGGACUGCAUCUCAUCCCACAGGUAUUAUUAAUAAUCUUUAUUUUGUAUGGAAAGAGUACAGUAGCUGUGCAAAAAUAGAACUACAGGACAAGACUAAUAUUGGACUUGUACAAAAUAUCAAAGAAACAGUAAUAAAUAAGCUAAAGUGUAAUGAUACAAACUGCAAAAAGAUGUGUAGAACUGGGUACAGCUGUUUAUAAUGUACACAGAACACUGUAAUCAAGCACGAUGGGAAGAAUAUAAAGCUGAGCACUCCAACUGAAUUGCACUCAUAGGAAUGUCACUGCAGCAGUUCAGUUUCAGUAUGUUCUUGCCAAUAAAAAUCCUCAUUUCCUUAAAAAAAAA